AGAAUAUGUCAUUUGUGUUUUGGGGGAAUGUUUGGACAUACUUACCCUCCUGGAAAUGAUAAAAGUUCACAAAAUUUGGAGGAAGAAGAGGUGAGAAUGAUCCCCGGACCGAACAAAGCCCUCGCGCCGCUGCAUCCUGCCCCCAGUGCCUACAUCUCAAUGCCAUCAUCGCCGCCACCAUGCCCAAGAGAAAUGCUGAAGGGGAUGCUAAAGGAGAUAAAGCCAAGAUGAAGGACGAACCACAGAAAAGAUCCGCUAAGUUGUCUGCUAAACCUGCUUUUCCAAAGCCGGAGCCCAGGCCUGAAAUGGCCCCUGCAAAGAAGGGAGAGAAGGUACCCAAAGGGAAAAAGAGAAAAGCUGAUGCUGGCAAGGAGGGGAAUAACCCUGCAGAAAAUGAAGAUGCCAAAACAGAUCAGGCACAGAAAGCUGAAGGUGCUGGAGAUGCCAAGUGAAGUGUGUGCAUUUUUGAUAACUGUGUACAUCUGGUGACUAUACAGUUUGAAAUACUAUUUUUUAUCAAGUUUUAUAAAAAUGCAGAAUUUUAUUUUACUUCUUUUUUAAGCUGUGUUGUUAGCACACAGAACACUUCAUUGUUGCUUUUGGGGGAAGGGGCAUACGUCACUAAUAGAAUGUCUCUGAAGCUGAAUUGAUGUGGGGAAAACACCUUUCCCUUCUAGUUUUGAGAGACUUCCUUUUGGCUCCCAAGAGGAGGGAUUCCCUGGCUUUGACACACAUGGCCACCUUGGCACAAAAGCCUUGCGGUAUGGAAAAACAAAUUUGUUUUUAUGUCCUUUUCUCCCUUUCCAUCUUUCAGCAUAGACUUAACUCCCUUAAGCCCAGACAUCUGUUGGGACCUGACCCCUAGUCAUUGGUUACCAGUGUGUGAGGCGAUCUGGACUUUCCAGUGAUGCCACUGAGAUGGCACCUGUCAAAAGAGCAGUGGUUCCAUUUCUAGAUUCUGAAUCUUCAGAUAGAUUCUGCCAUUUUCAUUUCACUU